CUUACUACAACAACAAUCACCUGUAAACAGCGCUCAACCUGCCCGUUUCGAGGCCGGUCCCACGUCAGCCACAAUUACGACAGCUAUCGCCACCACCGCCUACACCACGAGCAUGCCGCCGUCCGUUCAACCGCUCUCUAUUUCGCUCGACUUUUUCGACAUGACCGGCAUGAACCCAGAGCAGCACACACCGCUGUCCUCGGCCUCGUCUUCUCCUUCUUCGGAGCUCAGCAAACCCAGUCCCUCCGGUAAGCUCAAAAAGCGCAGUAGCGCCAAGGUUCUCUCCACCAAGCGGCUUUCAAACGAGGAGAAGCAAGCCAAGAACCGUCUCUUUGUCAAGCGCUGCUACUACAAAAAGCGCGAGGCACUCAAAAAUCUGCGCGAGGAGGUGUCCCAGCUCGAGAGCGAAUUCACCUCGGUGCUUCAGCGGUGGGAAGAGCGCAACGAAAAGUCGGCAGAAGCCUUCCGGGACGGUAAGCGCCAUAUCUCACCGCAGGACUUGUACGCUGAGCUCACGAUUGUGCGGGGCUCGUUGGUUGAAGAGCAGCAACGACUGAACCUCCGACUCGCGGACCGUCACCUCUUCCGUCAACGACUCCAGCAGCUCUACGAGCCCACACGAUGAGCGCCGCUUGGUCGCCUAACUGUUUUCGCGUUUGUACCGAGCGUUUCGUAGCGCAGCAAGAUUGUUUUUUUUUGUUCUGGAGCGAGUCAAGUUCGCCCGUGCCUCUCGCGCCUGGUUGAGCAGCCCCAGAUCUGCAGAUCCGCUUAGUAUUUACUUCAUUUAAAAUACUAUUUAACUAAAAAUGGAGAGAGGGACGUGCUGCUGGAUCCA